AUUCCAACCAUGUCGUGUCGUUCCCUGGCCGCGACUGCCUAAAAGUAGUUGUUACCUCAUAAGUUGAGUGGUCGGGUCUCAGUCACGAAGUAAAUAUCCUGAAGUACUUCGGAGUUCAGUCUCAAGAUGAGCUCGGCCUUGGCUUGCUAAAUUAUCAUAUUUCCCUCAAUUUCACCACUAAAUACAAGCAAGCAAGCAUGGCGGAUAAGGAGGCUACAGUUUACAUCGUCGAUCUCGGAUCGUCAAUGGGAGACUGCCACAACGGACGGACCGAGUCGGAUCUGGACUGGAGCAUGCGAUACGCGUGGGAUAAGAUUUCCGCUACUGUGGCCGCAUCAAGGAAAACGUGGAACAUCGGUGUCAUUGGUGUGCGGACAGAUGAGACAGUCAAUCCCUUGGCCGAGGAUGAUGGUUACAACAACAUAUCCGUCUUGCAGGAACUUGGUCCCAUGAACAUGACAGCCAUGGAAAGCCUCCAGUCCAAGAUCAAGCCCAGUGGAACAAGCUGUGGAGACUCCGUAUCCGCAAUCGUCGUUGCCAUUCAGAUGAUUGAGAAGCUUACCAAAAAACUGAAGUACAAGCGCAACAUCAUCUUAAUUACCGACGGCGAGGCCCCAGUCGAUCCAGAUGAUGAUAACUUGAAUGACAUAGCCGAUAAAAUCAAGGACACGCAAAUCCAGCUUACCGUCCUGGGCGUGGAUUUUGACGACUCCGAGUUUGGCAUCAAGGAGGAAGACAAAACAGCACAGAAGGCUACCAAUGAGAGGCUUCUGCGGCAGUUGGCUGGCAGGUCCGGUGGCAAUUUCGGCACCAUAGCAGAGGCCAUUGCUGAGCUCGAUAUACCCAGAUUAAAACAGACCAGACCGUUCAAGUCGUAUGACGGGCCUCUCACUCUUGGAGACCCCCAGGUGGACCCGAGGGCUAUGAGUAUCAGCGUUGAGCGAUACUUCAAGACGCACAAGCAGGCUCCUCCUCCAGCUAGCAACGUUAUCCUCAAGACCGACCAUGCGAGUGGUUCUCAGUCGGCACAAACCAGGGACGUGGACAGAAUGCAGGGUGUCGAACCUACUGGAGGUGCAUUUGCCUCAGUGAAGAACGCACGUGCUUACAAGGUCAAUGACCCUGACACUCCGGGAGGCAAGAAAGACGUAGAAUUCGAUUGUCUGGCCAAGGGAUACCAAUACGGCAGCACCGCUGUUCAUAUUAGUGAGUCCGAAUUCAACAUCACUAAGAUCGAGACCGCCAAGUGCUUCACUAUAGUCGGAUUCAUACACCAAGACAAGUACGGCCCAUUUCUCAACAUGGGAUCUACGGGCUUGACAGUAGCCCAGAAGCUCAACGACGCUGCGGCCAUGAAGCUGUCCUCAUUGAUUCACUCUCUUCACGAACUGGAGUCGUAUGCUGUAGCCCGAAUUGUGACUAAGGAUGGGAAAGAGCCUCAGUUGCUUCUUCUUGCCCCGUACAUUGAUGUCGACUUCGAAUGCCUGUACGACAUACCUCUCCCUUUCGCGGAAGAUGUUCGCAGUUAUCACUUUCCUCCUCUGGACAAGGUCAUUACGGUGGCCGGUGCCACACUCACCAAGCAUCGGCAUCUUCCCACGCAAGAUCUGAUCGAGACGAUGAGCGAGUACGUGGAUGCGAUGGACAUAUCGACGUUCGGUUUGGAUGAUGAAGGCCAACGGACGCAAGAAUACGCACCCGUAGAGGAUGUUUACUGCCCACCGGUCCAUCGCAUAAACCAAGUCGUUCGCCACCGUGUAAUAUAUGCUGACCAGCCCGUACCACCUAUUCCGCCGAUCCUUCUGAAGUACGCUCAACCCAACCGAAACUUGGUCGAGAAAGCCAGGUCGGCGCUUGAGGAUUUGAUCGAGGUAGCCGAAGUUAAGCAAGUUCCACCCAAGGCCAAGGGGAAACGUCAACGGGAUGCCAUCAAACCAAUCUCUGGUCUUGAUGUAGAUGCCCUUCUCCAGACACCUGAGAACAAGCGCACCAAGAUAGAUCCCAACAACGCUGUUCCAGAGUUCAAGCAGAUGGUGGACAAUGCCGAGGAUAUCAAGACAUUUGAGGAAGCAACAAAGCAGAUAGGGCAUAUCAUUCGCCAACUUAUUACAGACAGCCUUGGGGACGUUAACUAUGACCGCGCCAUAGAAGUGAUGGGUGUGCUCAGAGAGAGCUUGAUCAACAUCGAGGAACCUGGCUUCUACAACUCUUUUAUCAAGGACCUCAAGAAGCGGUUGCUAUCCGGAGAGCUGGGGGGCGACCGACGCGAGCUAUGGUGGCAGGUGAAAGGGGCAAAGCUCGGAUUGAUUGAUCAGAAUAUGUCGGAUGUGUCGAAGGUCACGCCUGAAGAGGUAGCCGAAUUCUACAAGAAGUAAUAUCCCUUGUAGAUUUCGCCCGGUGCGGGACGGGACGAUAUGGGUAGGGCUGGCGUCUCAGGGCCCCGAAUGUAUGUCUUGACAGUGUAGGAUCAGUGCUAAUUUUCCGCAUGGCGGAAGUCCCUAUGCUCAAAGCAAAACAUGAGUAUUAUAGCAAGGGCAUAGUGUACGGCCAUGUCCGAUGAAUCGGGGUGUCAAAUCCUACAGAGCAUGAUUUACGUCGGCUUGGUUGAAUUGUCUAUCAUGUGAGAGUUACAAACCAUCCAUUUGAAAUGGCUCG